CUCAACUACAGGUCAUGUAUACAAGUACUUAACUACAAGUCAUGUCUACAUGUACUCAACUACAGGUCAUAUAUACAUGUACUCAACUACAGGUCAUGUAUAUAUGUACUCAACUACAGGUCAUGUAUACAUGUACUCAACUACAAGUCAUGUAUACAUGUACUCAACUACAGGUCAUGUAUACAUGUACUCAACUAUAGGUCAUGUAUACAAGUACUCAACUACAAGUCAUGUGUACAUGUACUCAACUACAUGUCAUGUAUACAUGUACUCAGCUACAUGUCAUGUAUACAUGUACUCAACUACAGGUC